ACCUACCUGCCAAUGUCUCAGCAGUAAAUAUUUCAGUGACUAUUCAUCAAUUCAUGGUAAAAACAAAUACGGAUUAUAAAAAAAUUUGUAGACGCCAACACAACUAGUGUAGUGGUGUGGUGGCCAACAUUCUUCCGUCUUUGCUCCAAAACUAUAUAUAUAUAUAUAUAUAUAUAUAAGCAAUGGACAGUAAAGUGUCGUUAUAAUUGAUUUUAAAUAUAGACAUAAUUGUAUACAAUUUCUUUGUCUCUUCAUCAUCAUUGAACUCGAAAAUGAUACUGAAUCAACAACUGGAAGAUGAACCAACACCAAUUUCUCCUUUGUUGAAGAAUCAACUGGAGGUGAUUAUGAACCAAAUGGUCCACGAAAUGAUAGAGCCAAUUAUGAUCCAAAAGCCCCGAAUUACAGAGACAAUUCUGAUCCAAAAGCUCCACCAAAUUAUAGAUCCUAUGAUUGGUAGAGUUGUGAAAGAGCAAUUUGAACCAGCACAAGCAACCAUUUCAUCUAUCAUGAAGGGGAAUGAGAUACAUCCGUCUGUUGAGUCAAUAAUCUUACAACUACAUUUCUUAAUCCAACCCUCUUCUACAGUACAUACUGGGAAAAAAAUUGAAGGAGAAGGGGAUGCGUCCAUCGAAGUAGCUUUAAUUGAUGGUUCUACCAGGGAAACUGUUAAAUGUGGUCCUGAAUCCUCUGCAAAGGUGGAAAUAGUUGUUCUUGAAGGAGAUUGUAAUGAUGUUGAAGGACAUGAUUGGACAACUGAAGAGUUUAACCAAAAGAUUGUUAGAGAAAGAGAAGGAAUAAAAGGGAAAAUCCCCUGUCUUACUGGAGAUGCAUAUUUGAACUUGAAAGAAGGCGUUGGGACCGUAGACAAGAUUAAGUUUACACAUAAUUCAAAGUGGAUGAAGAAUGGUGACUUCAGGCUUGGGGCAAGAGUGGUACUGGAUAAUUUCAGUGGUAUUAAAGUAAGAGAAGCAAUAUCAAAACCGUUCAAACUCAAGGAUCGCCGCGGCGCACUGUACGGGAAGCACGAUACUCCAUCCCUUUUUGAUGAAGUGUGGAGAUUAAAGAAUAUUGUCAAAAAUAGCCCUUUGCAUAACUGUUUAAGCAAGGAAAACAUUACCACAGUGAAGGAUUUUCUGACUUUGUACUUUACAAACCCUCAAAGGCUCCAUGAGAUCCUUGGUGCAGGGACUAAGAUGGUGGAGAUUAUGAUAAAUCAUGCUCAAACUUGUAUACUUGACAAAACGGUGUACUUGUACCGUCCCAGUUCACAACAGAAAAAUGGGGUGGUUUUUAAUGUUGUGGGACAACUGAUAGGGCUACUCUUGGAAGGCCAGUGUGUUCCUAGUGAUAGGCUUUCAAAAACCCAAAAGGCUGAUGCCCAAAACUUGGUUGAUUCUGCAUUUGAACACCGGGAGGAUUUUUUUAUUGAAAAGAAACACCAGGAGGAUUUUGUCUCCUACGACGAUAUAACUUCUCUCAUGGAUUCUUGUUCUGAAACUUGCCCCACAAACUUACCCAGACUGGAGACUUGUCAUUACUCUGGGACUUGUCACAUAUUCAAUGGAAACGACAAUACACAACCAAGUACCUCUUCUCCGGUUAACUUGUCACAUAUUGCCGGCAUGGAUUCUAUAGUUGAGCAGAGUGAUCCAGGAGAAGUACCCAACUCUCCAGACUUCGAUCCAUUAUCCAUCAUUCAAGAUUUUGAUGAGGGUUUGUUGUUUCUCAAUAAUGAUCAUAACCCUCAACCUGAGAACUCACCCAGACUGGAGAAUCUUUGUGGCCAUAACUCUGGGACUUGUCACAUAUUCAAUGGAAACGACGCUACGCAGCCAAGUACCUCUUCUCCGGUUAACUUUUCAAAAUUCCGUUCUAUUGGAGAAAUGGUUAUGGUUGAUGGAGGCUUCCUCACUAUUGCCGGCAUGGAUUUUAUAGUUGAGCAGAGUGAUCCAGGAGAAGUCCCCAACUCUCCAGACUUUGAUCCAUUAUCCAUGAUUCAAGAUUUUGAUGAGGGUUCGUUGUUUCUCAACAAUGAUCAUAACCCUCAACCUGAGAACCUGGCUGUGGAAUUACCUGCUGCUGAACAAAGUGCUACAGCUGUUGAUCUGGUCGAAAUAAGAUGGGUAAAGCUGUUCAGCGUGCUGCAAUGUGUCGUCAAAAUCAGAAGCAUUGUUAGAAGCAGUCAUGUCCGGAAAAAGCAGAGAUGCUGUUGAGGGGCUGUGAAGAAACUGAUGCCUGCAACUUCAGUUUCAUAUAUAGUACUUGUAGGUGCUGCCCGAUGAAGAUUGUGCGCAGAUGUACAGCAAGACGAGCUGGCUUAUCUUUUAGAUUCAUAUACAGCAGGUAGUUUAUAAAUAGCAUACACAGCCUCGCUGGUCAUAAUAGAUCACAAAACACACUUUCUUUUUUAGGAGUAAAUUGUAUGUUAGUGUUUUUACACAGGGAGUUCCUGAUGCAACAGUUAAGUUUAAAAUGACACUGUUGCGUCAGGAACUCCAGUGUAAAAAAGAUGAAAAAGUGAGGUCAUGAAACUGUUAAAAGAGGGCAUCCGGAGAACCUACAUUUUUCUGAGCAUAUUCUAAUGAAGUAUUGUAUGAUUUUUAUUUAUA